UCCCCACUCCCGCAGGCACCCUCCCCCUCCCUCUCCCUCCUCCCUCAAAACUCUCUCUCCCUCCCUGAAAAUUCUCCGCAUACUGGUGCCCAAGUGGUGCCGGCAUCCCGCUGAGGGCAGAGAGAGAGAGAGAGAAAGAGAUCCUCCUCCCCUGUCCCCACUCCCCUGACCCGCCGCCGAGCCGGGACGAGGAGGAGGAGGAGCUGCAGCUCAGCUCCGCCCCAGCUCAGCCCCCGGAGCCCGAGCUGAUCGACCCGCCGGCAGCGAGAUUCGGCCAGGGCACGAUCGACGGAGAGAUGUACCGGGUGAAGAGCGAGAGCGACUGCGAGAUGAUGCACCAGGAGGACCAGAUGGACUCGCCGGUGGGCGACGACGGCAGCAGCGGCGGAGGGUCGCCUCACAGGGGCGGCGGGCCGCCUCUGAAGAAGGGGCCCUGGACGUCCGCGGAGGACGCCAUCCUGGUGGACUACGUGAAGAAGCACGGCGAGGGGAACUGGAACGCGGUGCAGAAGAACACCGGGCUGUUCCGGUGCGGCAAGAGCUGCCGCCUCCGGUGGGCGAACCACCUCAGGCCCAACCUCAAGAAGGGGGCCUUCACCCCCGAGGAGGAGAGGCUCAUCAUCCAGCUCCACUCCAAGAUGGGCAACAAGUGGGCUCGGAUGGCCGCUCAUUUGCCAGGGCGUACUGAUAAUGAAAUAAAGAAUUACUGGAACACUCGAAUAAAGAGAUGUCAGCGAGCCGGUUUGCCAAUAUAUCCUGCUAGUGUAUGCAAUCAAUCUUCAAAUGAAGAUCAGCAGGGCUCCAGCGAUUUCAACUGCGGCGAGAAUCUUUCCAGUGACCUCCUGAAUGGAAAUGGUCUUUAUCUGCCAGAUUUUACCUGUGACAAUUUCAUUGCUAAUUCAGAGGCUCUAUCUUAUGCACCACAGCUUUCAGCUGUUUCAAUAAGCAGUUUGCUUGGCCAGAGCUUUGCAUCCAAAAACUGCGGCUUCAUGGAUCAAGUAAACCAAGCAGGGAUGCUAAAACAGUCUGACCCUUUACUCCCUGGAUUGAGCGACACCAUCAAUGGCGCGCUCUCCUCGGUCGAUCAAUUCUCAAAUGACUCUGAGAAGCUCAAGCAGGCUCUUGGUUUUGACUAUCUCCACGAAGCCAACUCUAGCAGCAAGAUUAUUGCACCAUUUGGGGGUGCGCUUACUGGCAGCCAUGCCUUUUUAAAUGGCACCUUCUCUACUUCUAGGACCAUCAAUGGUCCUUUGAAGAUGGAGCUCCCUUCACUCCAAGAUACCGAAUCUGAUCCGAAUAGCUGGCUCAAGUAUACCGUGGCUCCUGCGAUGCAGCCUACGGAGUUGGUUGAUCCGUACCUGCAGUCCCCGACAGCAACUCCGUCAGUGAAAUCGGAGUGUGCUUCGCCGAGGAACAGCGGCCUCUUGGAAGAGCUGCUUCAUGAAGCUCAGGGACUAAGAUCUGGGAAGAAUCAGCAGCUCUCCGUGAGAAGUUCAAGUUCCUCUGUCAGCACGCCGUGUGAUACCACGGUGGUUAGCCCGGAGUUUGAUCUCUGUCAGGAAUAUUGGGAAGAACGUCUGAAUGAAUAUGCCCCAUUCAGUGGCAAUUCACUCACUGGAUCCACCGCUCCUAUGAGUGCUGCGUCGCCUGAUGUUUUUCAGCUCUCCAAAAUUUCUCCUGCACAAAGCCCUUCACUGGGAUCUGGAGAGCAGGCAAUGGAGCCUGCAUAUGAGCCCGGGGCAGGGGACACUUCGUCUCAUCCUGAAAACUUGAGGCCAGACGCGUUCUUCUCUGGGAACACGGCCGACUCGUCCGUCUUCAACAACGCCAUAGCCAUGCUCCUGGGCAACGACAUGAACACGGAGUGCAAGCCUGUUUUCGGCGACGGUAUCAUGUUUGAUACUUCGGUGUGGAGCAACUUGCCUCAUGCUUGUCAAAUGUCGGAGGAAUUCAAAUGAGUUCCUCACCGAACCUCCAGCGGAGUCGAAGGAGAUUCUUGGUAUCCCUCACCCUGAUUGUUUUGAGGAAAAAUUCAGAGAAAGCCUCAUCGAUUGUAUACGCUGCUGCGUGCGUACGCGGCUGCUACCAGAUGCGCUCUCCGUGCAACUAAGCCCCUUUUCCCCAAUAAAGUUGGCGGAGAUAAGCCGGUUAUCUAUUUUUUGUUUGUUUGUUUCGAACUAGAGAACCCUUUUUUGUCAUCUCUGUGGCAUUUAUUUGAACAAUGUAAGAUCAGUUACUGCUUUUUUUUUUCUGGUGUACUCUCUCUUGCUGAACAUCUGCCCCCAAAUUGUCAAUCGAUAGUAGCAUUUCUUUUCUCCC